CCACACACACACACACACACCCGCACGCGCACACACUCGUAUCCACCGCCUCCUUCUGCCUGAUCGAGAGGGAAGGAGGUGAUGAGAAAGCAGCAAAGCAGAGGAGAGACCCGGGGGGAGAUCGUAGUGUCUUUACGCACCGAGGAGGCGUCGCACGGGGCGCGGACGAGCAGGGGACGCAUCACGGGAGAGAUAGAGAAGACCGAGGAAGGAGGAGGAGGAGGAGGAGGAGGCGACAGCGGCUCGUAAACACGACAGAAAAACGGCGAAUAGGACGGAAGACAGCGGCGAUCACCCCCCACACACACACACACACACACACACACACACAGCGCCACCCCGUGUCCCUCCUCAUCUCUCCAUCUCCAUCCUCUUCCGCGCCGUUCCCUUCCCUGCGCACCUCCGCGGCUCCGCGUUCACUGGAUGUGUUUUUCUGCCUCGGGACUAACCGCUGCUCGGUGUUUUCGUAGAAUAAACACCGGAGAGGAGAGGGGGGGGGAGGGAGGGAGAGAGGGAGGCUGAGGCACUACCACCACCACCACCACCACCGAGAGGAUCCACCGGAUAGGUCCGGCUCGGGACGCCUCUGAUCCGGCGGAUAACACCGGAGGACAGGGGGGGGGGGUGGAGAGCACUACGAGAUGCCCGUGGAGUAGCCGUGCUGGUGGGAGACACACGGAGAGGGACCCCGGCCCCUUGUUGUUAUCACCGCGGCGCCAGCAUCACCGAUGCGAUGGCAUAGCGGCUCCUGCACCAAAACUACCCGACUAGAGAUCAGCAGGAGUCUCAUCCACCAUGGACCUCUGAAAUAUCUGACACGGGCACAGAUGGGAUGAAAAUGCGGCGGCACAGGGUGUUCUUGCUCUGCACAGUGGGCCUGUGCGUCAUCUCCUUCCUACACUACUACAAGGCCCUCCACUAUGUCUCCCUGCUGCGCGAGCUCUCCGCCCCGUACCCCAACAUCAAGUCCUUCAUCAUGGUCUCCGGCUUCUUCUGGAGGGAGAAGGGCGUGGCCUCCACCCCGAUCAGCCCCGCCUCCCCCGAAGAGGCCCCACCCUUACCAGUUAUCCGUCAGUCGGACGCCAAAGCCAGAGGCGCGUCGGGUGCUGCGGGAGGAGGAGGAGGAGGCGGGGAAGGAGGAGGGAAGGGUCUGGGGAUUGGUGGACUCAUGGUCGGAGGUGCUGGGAUUAUUAGCAGCGCAGGGCUGGAGAUGAGGCUGAGGGAGGAGCCGGCAGCUCCUUACCCCUGGGAGAAGCCAGAGGAGAACCAGCGGGGAGAUUCUCCCGAUGAGGAGAGGGCUGAGGACCAUUUGCGGCCGCAGAACCCCAACCUACAAGUUGAACCUGCUGAGCCUGACCUCCCUGAUGUCCCAUUUGCUGGAAAAGAACACAGGGUGGUGUCCCUCAGGGAUCAAUUGCCGGAACCCUUAGAAUACUUGGGAGACAUCCACACACACACACACCAGCUUAAAGAUGACAAAACACCUUACUUUGUCCGAACCAAAGCCGGGGCUCUUUGCUUUAGGCAGGGGACGGAGGUGGCUACACCGAAGGAGUACUCGGGAAAAUCAGGGGGGGCUGUGGCCAACGGAGCUGGGGAAGGGGCUCGGGCCGGGGCUGCUGGGCAACGGAAACCUCUGGAAGUCCAGCAGCAGCCCUCCAUAGCGCCUAAAGCCAAGACGAGGGCCAGGGGCAACGGGAAGCGGCUGGUCAAGUGUGUGUGUCGGCCGGGGUGGCACGGACCUUACUGUGGGGUUCCCACCAUGGUGUAUCACUCCAAUCUGCCAACCAAGGAGAGGCUGACACCCAGGGAGACCCCGCGGAGGGUGAUCAACGCUAUCAAUGUUAACCACGAGUUUGACCUGCUGCACGUGCGCUUUCGCGAGCUCGCCCAAGCCGUUGAUCUGUUCCUCGUAUGUGAAUCCAACUUUACUGCCUAUGGCGAGAGACGGCCGCUGAGUUUCCUGCGGCUCCUCCUCAACGGUACGUACGACUACGUGCGUCACAAGAUCCUGUACGUGUUCCUCGACCACUUCCCAGAGGGCGGUCGGCAGGACGGCUGGAUCGUUGAUGACUACUUGCGAACCUUCCUGACACGUAACGGCAUGUCCCGGGUGGUGGGGGCCAGGCCGGACGAUGUCUUUGUCAUCAAUGACGCAGAUGAGAUCCCAGCACGCGAGGGCCUCCUUUUCCUCAAGCUAUUCGAUGGCUGGACAGAACCUUUUGCGAUCCACAUGCGCAAGUCACUGUAUGGAUUCUUCUGGAAGCAGUUCGGCUCUUUAGAGGUGGUGUCGGGUUGCACGGUGGGGAUGCUCAGUGACGUCUACGACGGUGACGGUAUCAAACUGCGUCGCCGGGAAUACUACACCAUGCCGGGAUUUCGCAAGUACGAGAACGACACAGGCCACAUCCUGGUGCAGUGGUCGGUGGGCAGCCCCUUCCACUUCGCCGGGUGGCACUGCUCCUGGUGCUUCACGCCGGAGGGUAUCUACUUCAAGCUGGUGUCAGCGCAGAACGGAGACUUCCCGCGGUGGGGUGACUAUGAGGACAAGCGAGAUCUCAGCUACAUCCAGGAUCUGAUCCGGACGGGGGGUUGGUUCGACGGCUCCCUGCAAGAAUAUCCUCCGGUGGACCCCAAAGAGCACAUGUACGCCCCCAAGUACAUGCUGGAGCACUUUGACAGGUACCGCUACCUCCUUGAGAACCCUUACAGCAAAGUGUCCAGUCCGAGCGAGGGCUAGGAGGUCAGCUGGGUGAAUCCACGUGAAAUAACUAGUAGGGCCCAGGUGGGGCCUCGGCACUGAGUUGGACGGAACGGUACUGAUGAACUACAUCUCUCCUUGGAGGGAUACUAAAUGUAUCUCCACCAGGCAGCACUGAUGUUGCAGAGAUUAGAAAUCUCGAAAAAAAAUCUUUUUUUUGGGGGGGGUUAAAAAAGGGAACACUGAAUCACAUCCACCAUGGAUUUACGAUGAGAGCAUAUAGAGGAUACAACCACUGGAUAAACAAAACCAUAGAUUUCCUCAUUCCUCCCUUUUUGGGGGAGGGGUCAAGCUAUCUCUCUUUUCGUCCCCCCCACCCCUGUCCUCCCUUUCUUCGCCCGAUCUGAUUGGACGCGCCUGCCGUCUGAGCGAGACGGACGCUGAGAAGAAAAACAAGGGAUUAUUUGCAGGCGUUUGAAACCUGUGGAGAGGAAAAACUUAGCGGGUGAAGGACUGGUUUAUGUUUCUGUCUGUGUUUACUAAAGUUUACGAAGCAGGCUGAUGUUCCCUUUUCACCCCCCCACCCCCCCCGCCUUCAGAUGUCUUCCUGUCAUAUUCGGUGACAUCCUUCCACAACCACGUUCAGAUAUUAUGUUUGUCUUGUAGAAAAUUAUAAACCGCAUUUGAACCCUGCUGGAGUCCCCAUCGCCAAGUGAACGACUGCGUGGAGAUGUUUCAGCUCGUUCAUGUUUUCACACAUCCACAUGCACCUUAGACCUGUUUGAGUGUUUGUAAGAAAGUGUGUGUGUGUCUUUAUAUCAUUGUUGUGAGGUUUUGGGGUGUGAAGGGGGAGAGAGAGAGAGAGAGAGAAACAGUCGGGGGAAAGAAAGAAAGGAUGAUAACGAGGGAGGAAGAGAGUGGUGAUGAAAAGCAGAGAACGCUCUCGACGUUCCCUCUUCCCACAGCGUCUGCUGACGCACGAGGGAUGUUGCAGGGUUGAGUGUGCAGAAUGUGUGCGCUCCCCCGGCGCUCCCAGAUAGCUCUGAAUAAAUCACGGCCCUGUCGAUGGCGUGUGCGAGACGGAUGAAACUCCAGCGUUAGUUUGUCCGAUGAGAACAAUUCGAGAGGAGCUGGGGAACGAUCUCCCUCCGGUUUCGUCUCGCUGUCUAUCUCGGAGCCGAGAUGACUUUGUUUCCUUGGAAACUGAAGCAUGUGAAAAAGGGAGACGGGAUGGGUGUUGUUAAGAUGAGUGGGCGGGUUCACAUCAGGCGAGGAGCUGCAGCGUUCAGAUGAGGUCAAUGCCGAGAACAGGUCCCCCGGUUAAAUAUUCCUUCCUCCUCAGCUGCCAAUCGCCCACUCUCUGAAACUGACUCUUUUUCUGUCUCUCUCCUGUCGUCUCUCUCUCUUUUUUUGUGCUGGUGUCUUCUUUUUUGUUUGUUCAUUUGUUUGUCCUCUGUGUGUGUUUUCGUUUAAUCCUCAUUAACAAGGCGUACUUUAUCCUCCGUCUUCAAUUAUUCUCUUUUUCAUACCCUUUCUCUCAAGAAACGGCUUCCCUCGCUCAUACACACACACACACACACACACACACGCGCACACACACACACAACACACACACACAUUUGCAUUGGCUCUCACACUCCAUUUUUGGUGUGUAUCUAUUUCCACUUAAUUCCUCGCAAGAAUUCCCCAUUUCAACAAUAGGGGUGUAUUUAUCUCCGCUCUGCCUCAUUUCUCUCGCCCUGUCUCUAUAGGACAGGGCAGCCGUUACCAUGGCAAUGCCUUCCCUCUGCCCACAGAUCACUAUAUCGUCUGAACGUGUAGGCAUGAGCGCUCCUGCCGCUUGUCUUCCCCCUGUCGCAGACGGCUGCCGCUGUGGCAGGAUGCCUGAAUCCCCACCCUGAAUUGUCCACGAUGGGGUUAGCAUACUUUCCCUCUGUGAGCGUGGGUCACGUGGGCUGAGGGCCAGUGGGGAAGCCGGGUUACAUUCCUGUCAAGGGCAAGGAAAUCACAGCAAAAGCUAAAACAUGGAGCUCUGAUCGAAAACAGCAAAACACAACGAUUUCUCUUUUAAUUGCAGAUUGACUGAAAUCCUCCGUCUGCUUCCUGGACGCCUGUCUGGGCCUCGCAGAUACCUCGGCUUCAGAUUAGACACCGUUUCAAGGUGAACGGAUCCGCGAGAGGAAUAACAAGUUCAGAGGAGAAAUAGUUGAUAAAGCUGCGACUGGGAAUAUUUAAAAAACCUGAAGACAAAUGUUUGGCAAAUCUGGCGUCGGUGUUUGUGUCCCUCAGUCCGUCGGGGCUGUAGGAAAAUCAGAUUAGCCAACAGGCCGAUGACAGUUGCAUCAGGGCUGCUCGGUUUGCCCGGGUGGCAGCGUGGUCUGCUGCGGCAGCUGUUCGGGGUCUGGUGUUGGUGCUGGGAGCCAAACUUCAAUCCAAACCCAGAGGGGCUCAGAGGAACAAGCUUUAAAUAGGAUUUGACAUGAGACGACAGAAGAGGCGACAACAGAGAGGGAUGAAUCCCGCUUUUUGUUCCUAAACUAGAUUUUGUACCUAAUGUCUGAGUCCAGGGUUGAAGAGCAUCUUCUAGAGAUGUAAUUUCAGGCAGUUAUUUAAAUGGUUUGGCAUCAAAGGCUGCGUUGGUUAUUCCUGAGACCUUUUUAAUCUUCUUUCAGUCAGACAACUCGUGUUUAAAGCAGAACAUAGUGUUUGGUGUCUUGCCUCCAACUUCAUCACUCCCCCAGAUAUGAUUACAUAGAUGUAAUGAUGAGUGAUGAGCUAAUAUCUUUAGCCCUCCCGUCGGAGCCUGCAGCUGGAUGCUGGGGAGGAGGAGGGGCGGCGAUACUGACGGAGAGGCAGAGGCAGUGACAAGCAAAGGGAGCGAUGGGACAUUUCUGCAGCUUGGGUAGAAUAGGAUUGUGGAGAGUGAGUCACAGUCGAUUCAAUUUGUUGACGUCCAGAUAGCCAUCGAAAUAGAAAAAGAAAAUAGCAGCAACACGGGCAUCAUUUCAUUCGGACCAAAUGAAAUGAUUGGCUGGCAGACCUGUCCGUCACUAACAGACCUACCGCUGAAGCAGAGACGAUGUUGGCAAGCGAGUCACGGAAAAGUUGUCAGGCAGUUCUUGUUCAUGUGUUUAGCUUGCAUGGCUGUGACGAUAGGGGGUUGUUGGGGGCAGUUUAGGCUGCUCUUGCUUUUCCAGGAUUACCAACCCCAGCUUUAAAUCACUUAAAUGCUCCUAUCUCGCAGGGUAGUUAACACAAACUGACCAAAGUAUACAAUUUGACUAACAACAGACAAACAAAAUGUGUCUGCCUCCCUCUGAUUCGGGGCCACAGACACACACACACUUUGUCUGUCACUCUGAUGGAACAUGAACGCAGCCUCUCAUUUACACGCUUCCAUAUGAAAAAAACUAAACAAACAGCUUGGUGCUUCGCAGCUGAACGUCAUCUCAGAAAUGUGACCGUGUGACCGCAGGGGUGUCGGUUCAAUCCCAUCAGGCGUGGGGGCGUCUGUGUGUUUGUGUUUAAGCUCUGCCAAGAGGCAUUUAACCAGAGUUUACUCCCAACUCUCAGCUGGCUGCACUCGGGCUGCACAUCUGGUCCACAGCAUUCGUGUGUGUUUGCAUAUCAGUAUGAACGCUGUGCACUUUCAAAAUCAUGUCUGUGUGUGUGUGUGUGUGUGUGUGUGUGUGUGUGUGUGUGUCUGUGUGUGUGAGACAGAGAGAGAGAGAGAGAGAGAGAGCGCGACAGUGACUCAUGCCAGAUAAGGGUGUCUCGCCCGCUGAAAGACAAAUCAGGGUUACCUCACUCAGCCUGUUGCCCCGUUAUCGCCAUGGCAACGAUUCUCCUGAUGAAUUCCUGAGAUCCGUAACAGCCUGAGGUCAUCAACCAACAUAACAGGCGCAGUGAGGGAGGGAGAACAGAGGGAGGAUGGUCAGAGAAAUCAAAUAAUUCUUCUUACACAACCACGACCGAGGUAAAAAAAACAAACAAACAAAGAUCAUCUCCGGUCAAUGUCACAGCAGCGAGCAGCGGCGAGCAGCGGCACAAGCAGCGGACACCGUUACCCAGCACGCACUUCUCUUUUCUUAACAGUUUGUUUGUGUUUUCAUCGAUUUAAACGGCUCAUCACAGCGAGCAGACGAUUUGCUGGAGCAGAAAAACACUUUCAACGUGAGCCAGGAGUGAAACAUGAAUGGGAAGGAUUCUUUCUUUGGCCUGGAAAACUAGAGAAAAAGGAAUUGAAGCCAAGGCUUGAUGAAUGGAGACUCGAAUCCCAAACAAAACACGUUUCAGAAAUAAUCUUUCCACCGCUGUCCCCGGUGGAUGAAAUGUGGUCAUGACACAGGUUAGAGGAAGGGGGAGGGGGGGGAUGACUUUGACCUAACAGCUUUGAUUUCUCACUCUGAUGAAGCAAAGUCGUUUGCUGGUGAUGAAACAAGAAGCGUGCGAAUGAGGAGAGCCGCUCAUCAUCCUUGUAAAAGAGAAAAUCUAUAAACCGGUGACAGUUUAAGUGAAAACGAGGUUGUGAUGUCGACCGGCCGAAGCGGCGCUGGUGCCACCUCGCUGCGCUCGUAAUGGAUUUAUCCAGAUAGGAGGAGGGGCUACGUCCGGCUCGGGGGGUGCACUCAGCACUGAAACAAACCUGCAACGUUCACGUGAGUGGACGGACUGUAAUUGCAGCACUGGACUGGUGCGUGAUCGUUCAUGAAAUCAAUAGGACAGUAACAUAUGGGAAAGGAAAGAGCUGAAGCCUGUAACCAAGAUCAAGCCGCCUCCUUAAUUCCAUCAGGUUUUCUCAGGCGCUUUCGCCAAACAAAUAAAACGCAGUAAACGCGUCUGCAGGCUUCAGGUGAGAAAAUACAAUACAUAAAUAAACCGAGUAUGAAAUGCUAAACUGUCGAGGAGGCGGACGGAUGCAGCUCGUUGUUAAUAUUAGCAACAGGAAAUGCUGUGACGUGUUGAAUAAAUAUUUACAUUCUUAUUCUCUGUGCAGGUUUUCUGCCACAGUAGAUUUAGGCCAUUAUCAGGAUCCACUUCACUGCUGGACUUCAACAGCAGGUUCAAAAAUGUAUCUGUUGUUUAGGGUCACUGCUGCACAUGAACUGGAUUCUCCAUUUCCCACCAUGCAGCUCAGCAGCAUCUUGCCUCAGAGGGAAUUCAACAACAGUUUUCAAACUAAUCUUCACGUGUAAAAUCACUGAUGAUCAUUUAUUCUAUCACAAAACUAGACUCAUUCAAAGAUACAGAGUUAAACAUCAGGCUGAAAUGAUCAGCAUCGUUGGUCCACUCGUCCUUUCAGCACACACACACACACACACACAUUGUGUCUGACAUGUGAAGCAUUCCGCACAUGUGUGUGUCUUGUGUACAGAUGUGUUUCUGCAGGGCUGUGUUGCCCCCCCAUCUGUUGUGCUUACGGAGCAGCUGACUGGCUGCUCGUCUACGUGCCUUCGCCCCCGCCCCCCCCAGCCCCGUGGCUUCCACCAAUUGAUCUUUUCCAAGAAACAUUAGCAGCAGGCAGGAAAUCAAGGAGAGGAGGGUGGCAGGAAAAAGAGUCGUUCUGCUGGGGUCACUUCUCAGUUCUGCAGGAGCAGAAAGCUGCUGUUCUCUCUGCUGUAAACAAGUUGAUUCUCUACGUUUAACUCACGGAAAUCAUCCACAUUCCACAAUCACAUUAACUGCGACAGCUGCAAUGACGUGUCACCGCUGAUUGGGAAAAAAUUGGUGUCGCUGACCACAAGUUUCACCAAAACAAGAGCUUUAACCUCCUUUUUAGAUACUUUCCAGUUGUAUUAAAAGGCUCAUUUGACCCUAUAAAGAAACAUUCUCCCUGUUCCCUCGGCUGUAACAAGUUUAUAGUUGUGUAAUUAGUGCUGCUUCGAGUUAACAAACAGAAUUCCACUCACAUUCUGUAGAUUUUAUUGUAAUCGAGGCAGAAACAUUGGAGGAAACUUGGGCAGAGUGAUUCUUUAUUUUCCUCAGGUGACUCCAGGUGAGCUCCGAACCUGAAAGACCCUAAAAAGUAGUGUAAAGUUUCAAUCCCUGCAAUUCUGUGACGGCCGCACGCUCUAUAUAUGCUGACGAUCCUGUGGUUUGCACCUGUUGUUCCCUAACAUUGGUUGAACCGACUCUUUUCGAACAUUGAAAAGUGUUGGAAGCUCAACUGAAGAUCUGAAAAUGUUGGAUUCUUCCAGUGAGAAUUAAAACCUUCCUUCUGUUUAUGGGUCUUUUUAACGAGUUGGGUGCAGUUCAGUUCUGCUCAGAAAAGAAACCAACUCGUGGAACAGUCGCAUUGGAAAAUACUUUGAAUCUGAAAUAACGGAAACAUUUGUAAUCACGAUUCCUCGUCUGUUAACAUGUUUCACGUUUUGUCUGAUGAGUGCGUGUUUGUAACGGCAGAUCAAGGAGGUGUGUGUGUGUUUGUGUGUUUGUGUGAGCGUAUGUGUUUGUACAUCAGGAGUCACAACACGUCUGACUGUGUUCGAGGACAGAUUGUUGGCUCCGGGGUGGAUGUGGGACGAGUCUGGUCCAGGCGUCCAUAUGUCGUGACAGCGCAGAUCAAAAAAGAUGAAAGUCGGUGUUGCGCCGCAGCGACAGAUGGACACAGCGACACAUACAUGUGCUAAAAGUCGGGCGGGCAGACAGGACGACACCUGGCUGCAGAUCCAACGCCAUCAGGAGCCGGAGGGAGGGGUCGAGCGUCCAAUGUGUCUCUAUUAAUUUGUGCGUUUCCCGUGAGGUGGCUGAUUGUUGUGAUUUGAGCAAGGUCUCGUUUUAAUUUAAAAUCUGAAGCCAGUGUUUCUCUGUAACAUUAAAUAUUCAUGACAGAACAAGCAACAAUCAUAAUAAAAUAUAUAUCCUCAGGCUUUUUAGGACUUUAAAGGAACAGUUCAGCAUUUCAGAAGGAAGGAACUGAUCAAUGACUCUAAAUACAGAUGGACGACGCAUCUCCAUUUCCUCCCUCUGUCCAAAAAUCAAGCCAAAAUAUCUCACUUACCAGAAACCAGGUUUUUAGUUUUGUCCCUGUCCCACAUCCUAACAUGGAGGAGACCAGGUUAAUGACGUGUACUCCAACCAGCCACCAGGGGGCGAUGGAGAUGUUGUGGCUUCCCUUUUGAGGAGCUGUCAUGUCGUCAUAUCUUUAUUUACAGUCUAUGGUACCGAUCAGGAAACAGUCCAGGACAUAUACACGUCCCUGAGAAAUGACAAAUUAGUGGUUUCUACACUUUUGUUUUUGUUCAUAUAUAAAACAGAGACCGAACAUUUUGAUUAUUCAGCUUCAGGGGAGCUGUGAGGUAGAUUCUCUUGUGUUCGGACGACUUAUUGUUCCAGUCUGAGCGAAGCUAAGUUCUUGGCAGCAGCGUCGUGAGUGGUAUGAAUCUUCUAAUCUAAUUCUCAGCGAGAGAAUAAACUUUCCAGAAUGUCAAACUUUUACCCUUUCUAAAAGCUCAGACACUUUUAUUCCUGUGCUGUGGGACUGUGUGUGGGCGGCACCACAACCCACCGACUGUGAACUAACUCUGAUUCAACAACUGCCAAAUCUUUAUUGUUGCACAGAAGAACGAGACGCCACCUUCCUCUGGUGGAGAAAAAAACACUAAAGCUCUUUUGUGAAAUAACCACAACUCAGAUGUUCGUGUUUGGAAUCAACACUACAACAAACAGUCAUUGAUCAUUUUAGACUCAUAGUGAACUCUCCUCGCAGAUCUGGAUAUUAGAGAUUAUCCAUCUUGAACUUUUGAAGAUGCUCCGCUCAGCUUCACAGUGUGUAUGUGUAAUAAGGAAGAUUUUAGGGUAUUUUCUACUUUUGAAAUGUACUGUGAAAUUGACUCAAAAAUAGUUUUAUCUGGAUUGUUAUUCUGACCCGUACUAAAUUAAUCACAGUUAUAGACCCACAUGAUUUAUUCCCAUGAUUAAAAUACUUCAUUCGUCCCUCAGGGCGAGUGGGAGAGCGAAUGCAGAUAAUUCAUGCAAACACACAAAAGUUAAGACUAAAUACUGAUAAAAACAAAUAUGUCACAGUCGAAAAUAACCAAUCAGUCUCGUGGAAAUCUGCUCGGGGGUGAGAACGUAACGUUGUUGGUGGAGGUGACAGUUGUUGGAAUCAGAUGUUCAGCGUCACAUCCGGGUCUUAAUGCUCCGGCCGCCGCACACGCUCUUUGCCAUUUGGUGUGUUUCAAUUCCUUUUUCGUGUCUUCGUGUGUGACUUUGUAACUUCAGCCUUUACCUGCAGUUCUCAGAAACUCGACGCCCCUGAGCGGCAGCCGGCCUGAAACGAGACAGAGGCAGAGGAAGGGAGGAGGAGGAGGAGGAGGAGGAGGAGGAGGAGGAGGAGUGAAGGGGGCGAGGGAAGGAGGGCGAGCCUCCAGAGGGGGUUCGAAUUCCCUGCAAUCAGAAACAGAGACGGAACGAGGGAGCGACUGCUACUUAUAAUCACAGACUCCCCCACGUUUCUCUCUCUGCCGCUUCUAUUUUUUCCCUUUGUUUUUGCACUUAUGCUUUUUUAUGUGAAGUCAAUCGACGUGUCUUUUUCUUCUGGGGUUUUUUCACUUUCACAGUUUGAAUAUUGUUCGGUGGAAGUCUGAGGAACGGAGGGAGGAGCGAUGAGCGUCUCUGGUUUUCUGUUUAACUUUGUUUUGUACUUUUUUUUGUAACUUUAUCCACUUGGCAGCUUGAUAUUUAAUGUCUUUUUAAGGCGACCUGUGUGUGUGUGUGUGUGUCUGUGUGUGUGUAAGCUCAUAAGCACUGUCUCAGCCCACUGCCACAGGAGACUCCACCUCACAGGUCUCUUACCUCCCUCGAUGCCGGUAAAGGCGACUCCCGACCGCAGUGCGUCCGCCUUGUUUACGCUCUGUGACUCGUUUGUUGUGUUGAUGACAUCACCCCCGUGACCUUACCACCGUCACAUAAACUCCUUUUUUUUUCUUUUUUUUUUACUCAUAACUGAUUUCCCUCAGUUCCCACAUGGCAGAUAACUACAAACGCACACAUUCACAAACAUAGGUGCACACUACGUAACACCCACACCCACCCACACACACACACACACACAGUACAGCCUCUGUGUUGUUGUUUUUAACUGUGGUGUGAUUGUGGUCGUGUUAAACAGUCGGACACUGUAGCUGCUCUGUCUGUGGCCUCGCUGUUAUGCGAUGGCUAUGAAGGCUCGCCAUUGUGUGACCAAAAAACAUUUUUGUCGUCGCUCGGGCCACUGAGAACCGGUUUGGGCCAACCCGAGAGAGAGAGAGAGAGAGAGAGAGGGAGGGAGGAAGAGAGAGAGAGAGAGAGAGAGAGAGAGAAUGCCAUUUCUGUCCUCAUCUUUUGUUUAAUGUUGUGUGUCUGUCACACAACAAACCGGUGCUGGUUUCAUGCUUUUAUUUUGUAUUCACUACAAAACGUCCUCUCUGUUUUGUUUUUUUCCUCCAAAUCGACAAAGAUGUCAAAACAAAAACAAAAAAACAUUACAAAAAAAGAAAAAGCUGAUUCUUUUUCUUUACUUUUGGGAAGAAAUUUGAGUUGCAUGCUGAAAAGCAGAAAGUUCUUCUGCCUGUAAAACUAUGAAUUGCACCUUAUCGGGGGGGAUGUGGUUUUCUUUGUAUUUUUGUUUUAUGCAUAGAUAAUUAUAUAUAUAUAUACACGUGGGGGAUGUAUGAUGUUUUUGUGUAUUUUUGAUUUCGACAGGAGAUGGAAGUGUUUGCUUGUCAGACGAUGCAUGUUUCUUAAGCAGGGUUUUCGGAUUAAUUAUAUUUUUUCAUGCUUAUUGACGCCGGGUUUCAUCAUAAUUGUUUCAGGCACUGUUUGUGGUGGUGGGACGGCUUCGCUGAGCAGCGUCAGAGACCGGUGAACUAUCAUGACACUACAAAAAAUGAAAGAUCCGAAUGAUUCUCGAUCGUGAAACUGAAUAAAACUAUAAGAGAAAAAAACCAACAGACUUAAAGAUUCAUGUUCGAAGACGUUUCACUUUCACGUGUUUCUCUUCUGCGUUGCAGAAACAGGUGGUUGAGACUGAAACCUCGUGUGAUUUGACUCUGACAAGCUGCUGCUGCUUAGUGAAGCCUGGUCCACACACACACACACACACACACACACACACACUGGCCAGUCGUCACACAGCGACCACUAGGAGGCGCCCUGCUUAUCCUCUCACAUAUCGCACAUAGCAAACAGCUCCUCCACCUAACGUCUGUCUAGUCCUUGAAAAAAGGACAAAUGACUAACAGACACAGGACGCCAUGUUGCUCACUCACACACACACACACACACACACACACACACUCACCAACAGAUGACUGGCAGCAGACAUGGUGCUGCCACCCGGCCUCAUGUCCCCGGGGGCGGAGUGCUGUCUGCAGCCAAUUAAGCAGCAGGGCCGGUUGCCAGGUCCGUAGCCAUCUAAUCCCCUGCACCCUCCCACUGGGUUGCCAGAUGUAAAAGCCCUCUCUUUACUCUCUAUACACUUUGUUGUGUUUAAAAACAAAAAGAAGUAGUUUCGGGUUUCACACUGUGAGGGGACGUCGAGGGUUUGGACGUUUUGCAGGUUGCAGCACUUAUUGACCUAAAUGAGAGUUUAUGAGAAAGUGGUCCGUUGUUGUUGAGACAAAGGCCCAACACACAGACACACAGACACACACACACACUCACACUCCUACCUGAGUAGCCACGUUCUGGUGUAGCCCGUAAAGAGGAAGCCUUUGUGUGUAAGAGCUGUCAGCGAAGGACAAAGGAAGGAAAUUACACUUGUUCCUUUUACUUACUGACACAAUGGCUUCAUAUGAGCGUAACACACGACGUGUUGUGGCAGCGAACAUUAACACAACCUGUGUGCCCUGCCUCCCUCUGUCCCCCCUGCACUGAUAAUGAUUGUAUAUGGCCACAUAAUUUUUUAUUUUUUAUAUCAUUGUUUGGGGUUGUUUUCUGGGUUUGUUGAUUAUUUUGUGUUUGGUUUUGAAAUGGUUUUGUUGGGUCAUUGUGUAACAGCGUGAGAGAGAGUGUGUGUGUGUGUGUGUGUUUGUGUGUGUGUGUGUGAGUGAGAGAGAGAAGGAAGCGAUGGGGUGUGUUGUUCAGUGGCUCAGCUCCCAGUACACGUCAGCCCUUUGCUCGUGUUCAUCAUUGUGCCAGUGUGUUCAGGUGUUCCCUUACCUCCACAUCUGUUCAUCCAAAUGGAAGAGAGAGAGAGCAGAGGAGGAGGAGGAGGAGGAGGAGGAGGAGGAGGAGGAGGAGGAGGAGGAGGAGAGGAGGAAGGCCUUUCCUCAGGGGAAAAAAACACGUAUAAAUGAGAAAAGAUACUUUUGAAAAAAGGAUAUUUUUCUCCUGUUCAGUCACAAAGAAGAGUGUAAAUUUCUAAGUUAAUUGAAAAUGAUGAAUAAAAAAAAUGUGUUCUCUAUAUGAAUGGCUGUAUAUGUUAACCAGGAACAAAAAGUAAUGAGUUCUAUGACAAAGACAUAUAAUAAAUUAAUUUUAAAAUUUUA